UUGAGAUGCGGUGUUGGUGACCCAGGGGUCAAAGAUUCCGCGCCAUUUUGGAUUUUCGAAAGAGAGAAGUAGUAGUGCAGUGAGCAUCCAGCCAUGGGCAAGUUUGAACUGGAGAUGUUCGACCCUCCCCCUGACCAAGAGUUCAUCUGUAGCAUUUGCAGGUGUGUGAUGGAAGAUCCCCAGGAGUGUCCUUGUGGCCACGUCUUCUGUAAAGACUGCAUCCAGCGGUGGCUACGGUCUCACAGCACUUGUCCCAACUGUCGCAAACAGUGCCAGCAAGUCAAGCCUGUGUUACCCAUGGUCCGUAAUCUCAUCAGCCACCUGACUAUACGGUGUGAGAACCAUCAGGCAGGAUGUGACAAGAAGGUUCAACUUGAAUACUAUGACAGCCAUAAGGAGGUCUGUGACUAUGCGUCGGUGCCUUGUCCUAAUGAAGGAUGUGACUUGCACAUUCUGAGGAUAAACAUGGAUGCACACAACGGUGUGUGUGACUACCACCGGGACACCUGUCUGAAGGGAUGUGGCAUCUCCAUCCUCAGGAAGGAACAGGCUGGACACAGCUGUGUCCUGGAGUUAAAGAAAAGACUGGAAGAACAAGAACAGGAGAAACGUUCUCUCAAAGAGAAAAAUGAGGAAUUGCAAGCAAAGGUAGACAAUCUAAAGUUCUUGUGCUGGAGAAGCAGGAACUACUUGAAGAAGAACAUCCAUGCCAAGGCACCAAGAAUCCUUCAGAAUCUGUGUGUAGACUUGGAGAAUGCCACAGGAUUGGCUCCAGACAACACUGAGGGCCAUAGGGACACAGCCAUUCCUCAUACUGAAGCAGGAGUAUUGGUAUUUGAGUCUGGAUCAUCAGAAUAUGAAAGUAGUCCACCACGUCCCCUUGACUCCUCCCCAUCUGAAUAUCAAAGUAGCCCAAUACGUCCCCUCAUCAGAUCUCCUGUACAUCAAAGUAGUCCACCACAUGCACGUCCCCUUGACUCCUCCCCUUCUGAAUAUCAAAGUAGCCCAAUACGUCCCCUCAUCAGAUCUCCUGUACAUCAAAGUAGUCCACCACGUGUACGCCCCCUUGACUCCUCCCCUUCUGAAUAUCAAAGUAGCCCACCACGUCCCCUUGACUCCUCCCCUUCUGAAUAUCAGAGUAGCCCACUACGUCCCCUUGACUCAGAUGAAGAGGAAGAUUGGUUAAGAGCAGGCAAUAGAGACAGGAAUACUACUUCCACUACUGUUGGUGCUACAGACAAUGCGCAAUCAACAGCUGAGGACAACAAUGACGAGCGUGUGGAAGGGGGACAGGCACAGCCCCCAGAGGAAACCAGACGAUCAUCCGAGGAAGCAGAACAGAACAACCAGCAAGUUGACUCCACACAGGCCAACAGUAGAAGGACAGGGAAUGCUGGUACAAGCUCCACGGCUGUAGAAUCUCCAUAUGAAGAAUCUCCAUACGAGGAAUCUCCAUACGAAGAAUCUCCAGCUGAUUCAGACUCCCCGAGUGAUGAUGAUGAUGAAUCGGAGUCGGCCCAUCGAGCAAACCUGAGGCAUCUUCUGUCAUCAGACUCUGAUCCGACAUGGAGCUCCCCCUCAGAGUACCAACCUAGUGAAGGGGAGGAGCCAGCUACUGGUAACAAUGUGCCCGAGGAUGAUACCAUUGCCAGACGGAGGAGGAAUGUAGCCCUUAGAUACGGAGGAGGGUUGAGGAUUCAUACAAGUGACAGUGAAGAGGAUCGUCCCAGUGCUGGAACUGUACAGAACAGCACUGAGUCGACACAGCAAAACAGCCCGAGUCAUUCUGAAACAGCAGGAGAGAGGGUGGUGGAGGAAGAACAGAACACUCACCCAGCUUCUGAUAGAACUGAAGAUCCAGAGGUUGUCAUUGCAGAAGAAAAUGAGGAAUUGGCUUAUGAUGAAGCAGUAUCAGAAACAACAGAAAGACAUUUGGCUCAACAGAGGUCCACUGGAGUCACCCGUCCACCCCUUGUUGUCAGGAAUUUCAGGAACAGGCACAGAGGUCAAAGGUCAAGGACAAAUCAAGGUCAAGGGAACAGUAGAAGCAGAGGAGCGUGUAGACCACAGCGGGGUUCGGCCAGGUCAUUUUGCUCGUCGGCUAGGCAGACGGUCAUGCAGACAAGAAGCCGCGGCCGUGACACAGUGCCACCCGUCAUCACUAUCGGUAGCAGUGACGGCAAUCAGUCGCCCAAUCUGCAAAGAGCUGACACAGAGGGCGAUCACUCACAGGUGGGGGGAGGAGCAGCGUCACAGCAGCAGAGCAGGUCCGUACAACAGACAGAGGGAAAUGAAAACUCUGCAGCAGAAAUCGUGGAAAUCAACCUCUCCGGAGCUGAGGAAGUCACAGCUCCGGGAGACGUAAGGACAAGACGACAGACAAGAGCGUUGAGGAAACGUAGGACUGCACAGAGGAGACGUCCAGCUCAGGGCACAAGGCGGUCAGGCGCAAAUGCCGGGCCGUUGGAAAGUAGUGGAGAAAGCGACUCAGAUUGUGUUCCUGUCGCACCCAAGCGUACUCGCCGUCACAAUGGUGGAAGAAACUAAUACUACAUGUAUAGCUGGCAGAUGGCUGAAAUUGUAAAACAGUAAAGUUAACAUUCAAAGCCCUCAAGAUAUUGAGCUGGUUUUGUUAUCUGUGAAGUAAUGUGGCAUAUUUACACCCAUUCCAAAACAUGUUGUGAACUUGGAGGUAUUCACUUCACCCAUGUUUUGUUCUAGAAAAGGACAUGGAAAAGAUUAUUAUGAGAAGAAUUUUCCCAUAUUUUGUCUAACCAUUGCAGGAAUCUAGUACAUGACAUGUAUGAAUAUAUAUCUAAAAUACAUUAACAAUUUUCACAAAGUUAUUUUACAUUGUAUUAAUUUAUGUUACAUUAAGCACAACUAUGUUUAACAAAAAUAAAGUAUUAAAAAACA